AUGUCGGCGACCCACGCUGAUUGGGCAAAGGUCUGGUAUCUCCACGACACUCAUGAUGCGGCUCCCACCGGCUAUUCAUCGAGAACUUACUGCAUGCUUUCAGUCGAGUGCGGAGAACCGAGUGAUGACUGGGCUUUCAGGCAGUCAGCGUUUCGAAUGGAGAAACCCAAUCGUGCCGGCCUAAUACGAGUUAAUUACCUCUCACAAAUCAUGCAAGCGGCGGGUGCUGGUAUAAUAAUACAUACUACCACAUUCUGUAAGAAAUUUUACGUCCCGACGAUCUAUCCCGGCCGUUUCGACGAACCGCCAGCCUUAUUGCUAAAUACCAAACGUGAUGAGGUCACGCUCAACACGCAGGCAUACGAUUCAAGAACCAAGUUCGGCUGCACGAUGGCGAGGAUGCCUUCGCUCUCUUCUAUCCACUCGGCCUAUCCAUUCCUUCCUCAACAGCCGGCGAAUUUUACAUCGAACUUCAACGUCCCAGAUUCGGCCAACCUCUCGUCUUGGACCAUGCCACCCUGUUUUGCACCAUGCCUCCAUGAAUGGUGCGGACGCCCGUCGGCGGGGUUGGACAUAAUCAACGAUACGGCGUGUAUCUGUACAGAAACCGCAGAGAAGGUCUUCGCUGCAGUAGAGGACGAAUGUCUCGAACAUCGGUCAUCUUGCGGCAGCCCAGAGUUCUGGACUGGUUUUCGUGUGUACUCAGAUAAAUGCGGUAUCGGGAAACCACAUGCCCGGCUCAGCGAUCCUCCCAGUUACGUCCCGCAUGUCUCUUUCGUUGUGGCAGUCGAAACUAUACUCCUGGGCUUUCGUAUAGCCUGUAAGGCCUACCGCUUCGUACCUUGGGGUCCGGAAGAUUUCGUCAUAAUAGCAGCCUACAUCCUCUCCGUGGCUACCUUGCCACUCACCGCUAUAAAGGCAGAAGUCGGGUCACUGUCAAAUUACUGGCCCCUUGAUUUUAAAAACAUCAAUAUCUUCACCAAAGUCAACAUAGCCUUCAAUAUAGCUUGCGCCGUUUCGCUAGGCCUAGCUAAGAUUUCUAUUGCCUUCUUCUUCUUACAAAUAUUUAACACAUCCAGUGCUAGAUACAAACGCUUCAUCUGGGCAACUAUUAUUUUUACAGCUUGUCUUACCUGUUCAUUCAUCUUGGGGCAGCUUCUUAUGUGUAACCGUGUUUCAUGCCUUUGGGAGAACUCGGGAGAGCCUUGGCAGGGAUGUAAAUGCAACUACGUCUGGCAAGGUGAAGGAGUGUAUCCAGCCCUUAAUGCUGGACUGGAUGUUUGGUGCGAUCCUCUGAAUAUACAGCUGUGGUAUCAUUUAGAGUCUGCUACAGCUUUUCUAGUAGCGUGUAUACCAUUUACCCGCCUGAUCAUAGUCCGCAAGAUUUCUCCUUAUCUAUCAGAACUUUUCUUCAGGCUGAGUUUGACGUCAAAAGAGUUAAGCACCUCUCAACAACUCACGAUCAGGCCAAGAAAUACAGGGGAACUCGAUAUUGAGGAGACAUCCCCAUCUUCAGAGGACCGGUUACCACAGAUUAUAGAUGUUGGCGGGCUACUGGCGGCGGGAAAAAAUCAACAAGACACUGUGGUCCCAGAAAGCGUACCCCCGCCCGCUAAGCUACCAUCACAAAAGGAGAUUGAAAUUCCCAGGAUCGUGGGAUACUUCGCCAACACCGGGGACAACAGCGGCCAAAUCUACUUCGAUCAGCCCAAGAUGUCCACCGAUCCAGAUCCUGCGACACUGCGACGAUAUGGCUUUACCAGUAAUUAUGUGAAUGUCAAGGGCCUACAUAUCACUUGGGAUGGGGAUAGUCAAAAAAACAGUGUCAAAUCGCUAGGAGCUGAUAGACGGUCUUUAUAAAUGUUGACAGUCGCAUUACAGGUCAGAUAAACCUUCGAUAAGAAAGUCAUAUACUU